AUGUCUGAACUUAGCGCGAGUUUCACAUUUCAUCACCUCGAUGGGUAUUUCGAGCGCAUUGAAUUACCCUCACGAUUUCGGCGCGAGCAGAACCCCAAGCUCGACCGAGACUUCUUAGCAACUAUCCAGGCCUAUCAUGUCUCCCACAUCCCGUAUGACAACACUGCCCUUCACUACAGCCCAACACCUUCCAUAUCGCUUCAUAUCCACGACAUCUUCCACAAACUCGUGACAAGAAAGCGAGGGGGAUACUGCAUGGAGAAUAAUAUUCUCUUAUACCAUGUAUUGAGGCAGUUAGGGUUCGACGUGUACCUCACAGGCGCUCGUCUCUAUCGAGAUGCAAAUAAUUCUAAACCGGGUUGGUCAGGAUGGGAACACGCUGUGAACAUCGUUACUCUCGCAGACAACUCCAGCUACAUGCUUGACGUCGGCUACGGUGGGGACGGACCAACCACCCCAUUACCCCUAGUUCAUACCUCCACCUCUAUUCUUAAUAUUGGCACACAGGAAAUCCGCCUCCAGAAAAAUGGGGAAUCGUCGGGAGAGCGGUCACACUCCGCCAACAAUCCUAGUACUAAUGCCUGGACCUACCAAUUCCGCAACGGCAGCGAACAAGCCUGGCGCGUGGGUUAUGCCUUUCAUGAACUCGAAUUUUUCCCGCGUGAUUUCGAGGUCAUGAACUUUUACACCAGUCAGAACCCGACCUCGUUCCUGACUCAGCGGUUGUUGGUCAUUCGGUUCCUGCAACGCGCUGAUGGGGAGGUCUAUGGAAAAGUGAUUCUGGAUCAGGAUAAGUUGAAGGAGAAUCGAGGAGGGAAGAAUGAGUUGGUGAAGGUGUGUAAUACUGAGAGUGAACGUGUGGAGGUUCUGCGGGAUGUUUUUGGGGUGGAUCUCAUGGAGGAGGAGAGAAGAGGUAUCUGUGGGAGGGUGUCGGCUUUGCCCGUCUAG